CCGUGGCAAGGCAUGCGCGAUAGGCCGGGAGAGGGAGCGGGGCUGUCCAUGGCCGGUGGUGGGGAGCGGCUGCCCGGGAUGCUGCGGACAGUGGCGGCCUUAGUGCUGCUGGCGCAACUGGCGGGCCGGGGGGCGCAUGCGCUCUACUUUCACAUCGGGGAGACCGAGAAGCGCUGCUUCAUCGAGGAGAUCCCAGACGAGACCAUGGUGAUCGGGAAUUACCGCACCCAGCUGUGGGACAAGCAGUCAGAGUCGUUCCUGCCCUCCACGCCGGGGCUGGGCAUGCAUGUGGAAGUGAAGGAUCCUGAUGGAAAGGUGAUUCUGUCCCGGCAGUAUGGCUCAGAGGGCCGCUUCACCUUCACCUCGCACACCCCGGGUGAGCACCAGAUCUGCCUGCACUCCAACUCCACGCGCAUGGCGCUCUUCGCAGGCGGCAAGCUGCGCGUGCACCUGGACAUCCAGGUCGGGGAGCACACCAACAACUACCCCGAGAUUGCAGCCAAGGACAAGCUGACAGAGCUGCAGCUCCGAGCCCGGCAGCUGCUAGACCAAGUGGAGCAGAUCCAGAAGGAGCAGAACUACCAAAGGUACCGGGAGGAGCGGUUCCGCAUGACCAGCGAGAGCACCAACCAGCGGGUGCUGUGGUGGUCCAUUGCCCAGACCAUCAUCCUCAUCCUCACUGGCAUCUGGCAGAUGAGACACCUCAAGAGCUUCUUCGAGGCCAAGAAACUGGUUUAAUCCCCAACCUUCCCAAUUGCCACUGCA